CUCGCCGGUGUUGGAGAGCGAGGAGGAGGCGGCCGCGCCCCAUGCCGGCGCCGCUGGCGGCGGCAGCGGCAGGGCCGGCCGCGGCGCCGCCCGCCGCGCCCGCCCCGGCGGCCGCCGCCGUCGCCAGGGCAAAGACGAGGAGCAGGAACCUUCUGGCCCAGUGAAGCAGUUGUCCUUGGACCAGCAGGGCGACUUGGUCGAGAUGGAGGUCGACAGCGCCAUCGACCCAUGCUUCGUGUGCAACUUCCCCACGGAGGCUGACAACAGGGUCGAAGUCGGCAACCCCGCUGCUCCAACUCUCUUUCACAAGCCCUGCAAGUCGGCUGCCAAAUACCUCGAUCAGCAGGCCGAUCGCCAGGACAAGAUGGCGAGCAAGCACGCUGGUGAGAAGGUCACGACGGCUCAGCAGGCGCUCAAGCUUCUCAAGGAAAGGAACAAGGCGCAGUGGUCCAGGCUCGUGCUGCACCUCGUCGUCAAGGAGCAGGAGCGCAGGGGCCCUGAGCACCAGGACUUAGCGGUCAAUCUCAUCGAACAGGCGAGCAGCUUCGCGGAGUCUUACAAGCAGGACGGAGCUUUCAAAGCCCACAUGAAGCUCUUUGAAGGGUGCGACUCCGACGAAGCCUCGGAGGAGUGGGAGCAGGCGUGGAACGACCCCAGCGUGCGCCGCGAGAAGGACUCGAGAGAUCGCGACACCGUGGCCGUCGCCGAGUUCAAGCGCUAUCGUGUCAGGAGCGGGCACAAGAAGGAGACUCUCCUGAAGAGAUCGCAGAGUGUUGCCCCUGGCGGGGUUCCCCAGGCAGAGCGCCGGGUCAAGAGCAGGACCUCCGUGGAGGACAAGUUCAUCGCCGAUGCUGGCCAUGGCUUGCACGGCAGCGGGCACGCGGCGGCUAGCGGCUCCCGCGGCUCAGGAGAUGGCAUGAGUGUUUUCAGCUUCGGCAACGGCAGCGCGGACACCGCGUUCUUCGGCGACGGCGGUGCGUUCAAUGUGCUGGGGGCGGCCACUCCUUGUGGGGGGGCGGCCACUCCUCCCAUGGCCGCUGACGGGGCGGCCCUGGGCAUCCCAGCAGUCCCGGGGACUGGCCCAGGGGUCCCAGCGGCCCCUCGCGGCGCGCAGCCUGCGGCGGCGCCGGGAUUCGCAGCCACCAUGAAGGAGAUGACUCAGGCGAGGGAAGCCUUCAAGUCCGUGCUGCAGGAUCUGAUCGGCGGCCGCGAGCUCGCGCUGGGGCAGAUGCCCAAGACGGGCUCGUGGGGGAAGGUGCGGGCGAUGAAGGCCAAGCUGGAGGAGUUUGCGCCAGAGUUUCUCGCGAGGGUCAACUUCGACGAUCGCGAGCAGAGUGCCAGGAUCACGGUGCAAGCUGCCAUCGAGAACCUGACCGCGCUCGAGGGCAGGGAUUUCACCGUCGACUCGUACGCGGGGGCGAAGCAGAAAACGAACGAUGAUCUCCAGGCCGCGCAGAUGCUCAACGUCACCUUCACGGACAUGAAGAGCUUAGCCGAUACGGCCAUCCAGGAAGCCAAGAAGAGGAAGCUGUCUGAUGCUGCCAAGGACCGAUACAAGAUGGGGAAGUUCGGGAAAAACUUUAGCGCCGCCGCAGUGCCGCCGAAUACGACGAAGCAUCUCGCUAACGUGGUCAAGAGCGUCGAUGAGAAGAAGUUCGACAACUUCCCGGCGGAGUGCAUCGACCCGGACACCGUUUGGACGGCGGAGAACAUGGCAGACCCCGUACUCUUCCGGAGCGGCAAGGUGCACGCGAAGCUGCGGGAGCUCGUCGCGAUCUUCCAGGGCGCGGUGGACGACAAGCACAAGGAGGUCCAGGCCAACUUGGCGAAGAAGACGAAGGGCGGCAACAUGAAGAUGCUGACGUGCUCGCAGAAGGUGAUCGACGCGCUCAACGAUGUCGAGUUUGAUGUGGUGCCAUGCCCGGAUAAGCUGUGGGGCGAUACGUGGGUUGCUCCUUUCAUGAUCGGCGUCGUGGGUUACUCGCUCCGCUCGACGGCGAAG